AUGGCUACUGGAAACGAAGUUGUUGAUGUGCUCGCCGACAACAUCAACCAAAGCUCUGUCUCUGCCUUAGGUGUCCAAUUGCCUGGAUCAUCCUCUCGCCCUGCUGCGGUUUCUGUCCACCAUGGUGAGAAACCCGAAAAGUUCAACGGAUCGAACUUUAAAAGGUGGCAGCAAAAGAUGCUGUUUUACUUAACAACCUUGAAUCUUGCGAGAUUCUUGACCGAGGAAGCUCCUAAGCUAUCCGAGGGACAAACGGAUAAGCAAGCCUUCAACGCCGUUGAGGCAUGGAAGCACUCUGACUUCCUAUGUAGGAACUAUGUCAUGAACGGUUUACAUGACUCGUUGUACAAUGUCUAUUGUGCAAUAAAAACAGCAAAGGAGUUAUGGGAAUCCUUGGACCGGAAAUAUAAAACAGAGGAUGCCGGAGCAAAGAAAUUUGUUGUCGGUCGAUUCCUUGAUUAUAAGAUGGUGGAUUCUAAGACCGUGAUCGAUCAAGUGCAAGAAAUUCAAGUGAUCUUGCAUGAGAUUCAGGCUGAAGGCAUGAUCUUGAGUGAAACCUUCCAAGUAGCUUCUAUUAUUGAGAAGCUACCUCCCGGGUGGAAGGAUUUCAAGAACUACCUCAAGCACAAGCGAAAGGAAAUGAACCUAGAGGAGCUGAUUGUUAGACUUCGAAUCGAAGAAGAUAACAGAGGUUCCGAACGUAGAGGGUUCAAUCCUACUACGGCUAAAGCAAAUGUUGUGGAGCAUAGGCAUGGCCCCAAGAACAAGAAGAUUGCCAAGCCAAAGUUGGGACCAAAAGGAGGAGUUUCCAAGAACAAGUUUCAAGGAAAAUGCUUCAACCGUGGCAAGAUGGGUCAUAGAUUUGUGGAUUGCAGAUUUCCAAAGAAGAAGAGUUAUGAAACAAAUAUGGUGAAUGACAUCGCUCAAGAUGUGUCAGAUAUAAACCUCUCUGCAAUGGUUUCUGAAGUGAACUUGGUUGGGUCCAAUCCGAAGGAAUGGUGGAUUGACACUGGUGCCACUAGGCACGUAUGCUCCAAUAAGGACCUAUUCACAACUUUCGAACCAAUUAUUGGGGAGAAAGUUUUCAUGGGAAACUCUGCCUCUUCUGCUGUCGAAGGCCAAGGGAAGGUACUGUUGAAGAUGACAUCCGGAAAAGAGCCGACUCUGAAUAAUGUCCUAUAUGUGCCGAAAAUUCGAAAGAUCCUGGUCUCCGGGUCGCUGUUGAACAAGCAUGGAUUUCGUAUGGUGUUCGAGUCGGACAAAGUUAUUUUGUCUAAAUCUAGAAUGUAUGUGGGGAAGGGAUAUGUAACCGAUGGGCUGUUUAAGCUCAAUAUUAAUUAA